AUGAAACCACCGCAUGAGGAGCCUGUCCUUCCGCCGUUUCUUUCACUCCCCGCAGAGCUGAUUCAGCAAACAUUUGGUUACCUGGAAGCGCUCGACCUCGCCCGGAUCUCCCAGACGUGCCGCCUGCUCCAUCAGCACGGGAAAGAAGAGAGGCUCUGGAAGCCGCUGGUGCAAGCAGAAACGCCGGGGGCCGACUUUGAAAGAUAUCCGCCAUCCUCAUGGCGAGAGACGUACGCGACGCACCACCCGCACUGGUUCCUCACGCGCGGCAAGCUCUGGUUCUCGGACGCAGUGCACACGGGCAAGCUGCUGCUGGCGCGGUACAACCCCAAGACGGAGGCGAUCGAAGCGCACUCGAUCACGGCCGAGCGCGGGCCCCACGGCUUCGAGCUCUGGGAAUGGAACCUCGAAGUCAUCAUCCACCGCUUCGCGCCCAAAGUGCAGCUCGACCACACCGGGCCGGUGCUGAAGCUCGACCGCGCCGCCUACGCACGCGCUGUCGGCGACGGCAACAGGCUCCAGCAGGAGAUCAUGAUGGACGUGCACAACAACCACGCCAGCCACGGCCUGUACUCGAUGUUCAUGCUGGCGCGGCCCUGCCCCGCACAGAUCAUAAGCCCAGGGACACGAGUAUGGCCACCCCUCACCAUCCCAGCAGCAGAGCGCACACGCAACGAAAGCAUCAACCGCUACCGCGGGACGGGGCACAAGCCGUCCGCGCUCCCCGAAGUCAGCAACGAGACGUUCCGCCUCCGCAAAUGGAUGGAGUUCUCGCAGCAGCCGGCCGGCAUCUCGAUGCGCGUGGGCGAAGACGUAACCACGUUCGCGUCGCUCGACAAAGCCCUCUACACCCCCACGCCCGCAAAGCCCUGGCGCGGCGUCUGGUGCGGCGACUACGCCGGCCACGGCUGCGAGUUCCUCCUCGUGCUGCAGCCGGACGCGCCGCGCGCGCUGCCCGAGGGCGCGGUCCGCGCUCUCGCGCGCCGUAGUAGUAGCGUUUCGAGCGCGGAUAGCUGGCUUAGUGCGCAGAGCCACGUCGCGCUGGCGCCGGAUGAGGAGCUCGUGGACGCGGCGAUGGAGCUGGCGGGCGGGGAUGGGGGUGGUGUGGACGGCAGCAGCACGGGGACGGUUGGCGCGGACGCAAAUACGGACGCGAAUGCGUAUGUGAGUGCGGGUGCUAAUGCAGGCACGAAUGCAGGUGCAGACGCAGAGAGUCAAGAGAAGGAAGAGCGCGACAUCUACGCCGGGCAAAUCGAAGCCAUCAAGCUGACAGGCGACCCGAACAUUCCGCGCGGCGAGCACACGUUCAUCGCGCCGGACAUUGGGCCCGGGGGGCUGGUGCGCGUCGCGACCGAGGAAAUGUUCCGCGGCGCGCGCGUCGUGCGCAGUGUUGGGCAUAUUGCCGCGCGGGGGUUUAGGGAAGACGAGUUCAUCCCCUCGCAGCUCAUCAUGAUCUCCCCCGACCGGCUGGCACAGUACUGGGCCCCGUUCGGGCAUAUAUCGUUUUACCAGCGCGUGGAUCUGGGCGCGCUGUUGAGCUCGUAG